CGCCGCCAUGUUGUUCCCUUGGUGCUGGACGUGAGGAGCCGGAGUUGGGCUGAAGCGGCGCUACGGCCUCGUGCCCGCGGGUGCCCGGCCUCGUCUCCUCUUUGCACCCAGCCAGGCCGGCCGGGAGCUCACGGGCGUCCUGUGUGCGGCCGCGAGCCGUUUUCACCAUACCUGUCUAAGACUAGGCCCUUCAGGAUAUGUACUACUUCAUUUUGGUGGUGAAUGUAACUGUUAGGUGAACUUCUGGGGUAAUUCUCUCCUAUGGGGUAGAGGAGAUGCUAAAUUGUACACCUAAAAAUGAUUGCUAUCAUAUGGGAUCUAGCAAAGGAAUGUGUGUUCUUUGGACGGGUUUUAUUCUGGGAAGGAUCAAAAGAAAUUGGUGCAGGAACAACAUCCAUUGGCCUCAGGAACCUUGCUGGAUGAGUAGUUGGCUUGCUACUCUGGCUAAGAAACUUCCUACACUCCUAUUAUGAGCCUGGCACUGUGGUGAAAAGCUGUUCCCUCUCAUCCGUGACCAAGUGAAUCUUCCCAACAGCCCUGGGAGGUAAUGAUGCUGCUUGAACUGAACAAUUAAGAGUUCUAAAGUCAAAGAUCUUGAGAUCAAUAAUGGCAGGAAAAUCUUCACUUUUUAAAGUAAUUCUCCUUGGAGAUGGUGGAGUUGGGAAGAGCUCUCUAAUGAACAGAUAUGUGACCAAUAAGUUUGAUACCCAGCUCUUCCAUACAAUAGGUGUAGAAUUUUUAAAUAAAGAUUUGGAGGUGGAUGGACAUUUUGUUACCAUGCAGAUUUGGGACACGGCCGGUCAAGAGCGAUUCAGAAGCCUGAGGACGCCGUUUUACAGAGGUUCUGACUGUUGCCUGCUCACUUUUAGUGUUGAUGAUUCUCAGAGCUUCCAGAACUUGAGUAACUGGAAGAAAGAAUUCAUAUAUUAUGCAGAUGUGAAAGAGCCCGAAAGCUUUCCUUUUGUGAUUUUGGGCAACAAGAUUGACAUAAGUGAACGACAAGUGUCUACAGAAGAAGCCCAAGCUUGGUGCAGGGACAACGGCGACUAUCCUUACUUUGAAACAAGUGCAAAAGAUGCCACAAAUGUCGCAGCAGCCUUUGAGGAAGCUGUUCGAAGAGUGCUUGCUACUGAGGAUAGGUCAGAUCACCUGAUUCAGACAGACACAGUCAGCCUGCACCGAAAGCCCAAGCCUAGCUCAUCUUGCUGUUGAUCAUUAGAGAGGUUCCCUGUGCGAUCUAACCAACUUACACACACAUACAGGAAAAAUCACAGGGUGGAGAAGAGAAUUAGCAUUUGCAGCAAUGGAUCACCUACUCAUAAAAUUAAACUAACCAUAUUGCUGCUUUGUUAGUGGGUGGGAGAAGGGACACAUCCACUCAUGGAAGAAUCAAUUUACUCAGUAGUGGCACCUUACAUUUAUAAAUUGUAAUGGUUGUCUAAUAACGUUUAAUUUAAAUAUGUAAGUUACAGAGCUAAUAAACGAGAUGAUCAAGACUUUAAUUAUAAUUAAAACACUUGAAUAUUCUGGAAGUUAAUGUUUUUUUUUCCCCUGGGAAAAUGGAGAACUACUUUUUAUAUGUGUAUAUUUUUGUGUAAUUAGCAUUCAGUUCCUGGUUGAGGGGGGAAAAGAUUCCCUAAAGCAAUAAUGUUAAAUAAUAAAGAUUAAAAUCUAA